GUACCUUCCUGACCGGUGGCACGAUGAUUGGUCCAAUUCCCAACUCUAGACGCAGCUCUGACCAGACAAUUUUCCGCCCAUGAUGCGGGGUUCGCUCUUUACCCCCGGAGAUGACUCGCGGCUGACGCAUGGAUGAGUCGGUUGUAUAUAUUAAGCUACCACCACUCUUCCCAGCGGUGCGAUUCUCUCUUUUCCCUUCUUUUCCCGGAGCAGCCAAGUCUCGUUGUUGAUCAACAGCCGCAAUCAUGUUGAUCGGCAACAUCUACGUGAUUGCGAGCGUCGCCGUCGUCGGCGGCGGCUUGUUUGGCUUUGAUAUCUCCUCCAUGUCCGCUCAGCUGAGCGAAAAUUCCUAUCUAUGCUAUUUCAACCAGGGCCCUAAGGGACCCCCUUUUACUGACGAUGAGGACUGUUCCGGUCCCACAUCCCUCAACCAGGGUGGCAUCACGGCAGCCAUGGCAGCGGGAUCUUGGCUGGGUGCCUUGAUUUCAGGUCCGCUUUCCGACCGCAUUGGACGCAAGACGUCCAUCAUGGUCGGCUGUAUCGUUUGGCUGAUUGGUUCCACUAUUAUGUGCGCGUCCCAGAACAUUGGCAUGCUCGUUGUUGGGCGGGUCAUCAACGGUCUCGCCGUGGGCAUAGAAUCUGCUCAGGUCCCCGUCUACAUUAGUGAGCUUUCGCCACCCUCCAAGCGUGGUCGGUUUGUAGGCUUGCAGCAAUGGGCCAUUACAUGGGGUAUCCUCAUCAUGUUCUAUAUCUCCUACGGCUGCUCCUUCAUCGGGGGCCAGAAGUCCUACAACUACAGCACUGCUUCUUGGCGGAUCCCCUGGGGUCUGCAGAUGCUGCCGGCUGUUUUCCUUUUCCUUGGCAUGCUGGUUCUGCCCGAGUCUCCUCGCUGGUUGGCGCGCAAAGAUCGUUGGGAGGACUGCCACCGGGUCUUGGCUCUUGUCCACGCCAAGGGGGAUCUCAGUCAUCCUUUCGUUGC